AUGCCCUACAUUGGCGCGCCACAUAAUAAAGAUAGGUUUGACGCUUUAAAGGAAAAGCUUUGCAUGGAUAGACCAGAAAAAGUCAGUCAGAACGUAAGUGGGAAUGUCGAAUCAGCAGCACUCGAAGUCAGGGCGAAUCCCAGCAAAUUGGCAUCUUCCCCACCCGAUACCCCACAGGAAGCCGUGAGUCCCAAACAGGAGCCUUGGGGCUCACGCUCAGGUAGUGAACUCGAAUCCAAAGAACUUCUUACUUUUCCAAAUGAGUCCACUCAUGCGUAUUCCUAUAAUCCAUUGUCUCCUAAUUCUCUAGCAGUCCGACUACGAAUUUUGAAGCGAUCUCUCGAAAUUAUGAUUCGUAAUCCAGCACUGUUACUAGAAAACCACUUAAAUCAUCAUGUUCGCGUCGAUACACCUGAUGGGACUCAAAAAGACUUCAACCUCUCUACUCACACCGACUUAUCUCCAACAAGACGAUCUAACCUUUCUCGAAGCUAUAGUCAAGAUGGGUUGAAACCGCUCUCCACAACUGCUCCUCGGAAUGCUUCUUCUGCGGCUCUAUCAGCAUUGGUUACCAAUACUAAUAGCCCUUCCGACGCUCGUAAGCCUUUUACAAGGCCAGUUGCGCCAUUCCAAAUGUCAUCCUUUAGCCCAAGACCGCCAGACUCUCGCCAUCCCCCAGCUGUAAAUGCAUCUUCUUUGACGCUGCACGGUGGGAUUAAACGUGGUUCUUUGGAUUCCGCUGCUCCACCAGCUGAAGAAGCAGAUUAUACAUAUAAAAGCGAUUUUCACCAAAAUAUCGAACUUUUGAAAACUAAGAGAGCUGAGCUUGAAAGUUUACUAGUGCUGCUGAACGAUGCGCUCGAAAACAAUAGCACAGAAAAAGCCUCAGAUUUACACAUGAUAUCACUUCUCAACUUCAACAAACUUUCACUGGACGUCGAUAAGAGCGAUAGUAGUGGUCAAGAUUCAGGUCCCCGCAUGAAAAACUACGAAAACACCUUGAAAAAGAACCUACUGGAAAGUUUGGCACAACCUUUUUACGAGAAUGCAAACGCUGGAGAAGGAAUCGACGAAGCAGAAGAGUAUUUGUGCUCAGGGAUGGAUCAUUUUUCUCUGGAAAAUUCGUCUUUUUCCAACAUGAAAAGCUCACCGGUGAGCAAUAGGCUCCUGCACACUUUUGUUUCUAGUAAAAACUCAUCCCCUCAAGCAAUUUUUACUUGUUUGCAGCAGAACCCUUGGCAAUUUAAGUCUGCAAACGACCUUGCUUGUCUAACUUUUGGAAUAUCCAAAAAUGCAUUGCGAGCUUUAACGUUGCUUGAUCUCAUUCAUACAGACAGUCGAAAUUUCGUUUUGAAUAAAAUUUUGUCAACAGAGGGCCAAGAAUUGGUAUUUACAGGCGAAAUUGUCGCAAUCGUUCAACCAGGAGAUUCAUCUUCCCAAUUAGUUUGGUCUUCGAUUUGGGCAAAAAGGAGGAACGGCGUAAUUUUCUGCGUAUUCGAAAAGGUUCCUUGCGAUUUUAUUGAUGUUUUGCUGAGCUUAGAUGAUUUCUCCGUUGACCACAUUUCUGGUGGAACUGGAUUGAAGGGGUUUGCAAAAGGUACAGGAAAGAGUGACAAAGUAGCCCUGAAAAGGGACUGUGCGGCUAAAAAAUCCGUCCAAUUCCCUAAUGAAGUCCGUGACGUAGGCGACCUCAGCCAUGGCUUAAAAAAGUUAAUUACAAGCGUGGAAAGUGGGGACAUGCAAGUCAAGGACGGCGAUCUUCUACCAAUGCCAAUCAAAGUUUCUAAUGCGAUCAAUGAGGUUCGCUAUUUUACAUUAAAUCAUUUGUCGUUCAAUAUUCCUUGCGCCAUAUCUUCUUCAAUUUUGGAGAAUGAGCUGAAGCUCAAGAUUCACAGUCUACCAUACCAGGCCGGAAUAUUUUUCAUUGACUCGAAAGACUACAAAAUGGUCAGCUUUAAUAAGUCAAUAUCCAAGAACAUGUUCGGUAUUCAUGCGGCUGAUCUUUUAAACAAACAAAUGACGGCGGUCAUUCCCACUUUUGGUGAUUUGAUAGGGUACGUUAACUUAAAGUAUCCCUCAUUGGACAUAACACUGCCGAAAAACAAGGGCUUGGUCUUGACGGAGCAUUUUUUCAGGAAGAUUCAAGCCGAAAUGAAUAAUAAUGAUAAUAGUUUCUUUGAGUCUAUUGGAAUCAAUGCCCUACACAGGGAUGGUAAUAUUAUCAAGGUUGAUAUUCAAUUACGUGUCAUCAGUUCUAGCCAUUCUUUGCUCUGGAUUACCCAUUCGAGAGAUGUCGUAUUCGAGAAUUACAAAACUAACCCAUCGCAAUUGGUGAUGCUAAAGGAAAGUGAGAUUGCGGUUGUUACUAGUGGCUCAAGCUCUAGAGGUUCUUUGAAAAAUUCUCAUGGCAGGCUACCUGUUGACGAACUACCUAAUCUCAAAGACAGUCUCAAGCUGGACGGCAGCACUGUAGGUUCAUUUGAUGGCACCAGUGAACCAUCAGAAGAAAAUAUAGAGGAUUCUCCUGAGACCCCGACUGAUGAAGGCAAUAGUGGAAGAACAAAAAAAUUAGGUGUAGAAAAGGUCGAUGAUGAAAUUUCUUCUAAUCUAGAUGUCACCAGAAAUUACGGUCAAGAUAAAUCUUUGUUUUUGAAGGAUAGUGAUUUUAAGUUAGAUGAAAGACUCAUUUUAUCUUUAAAUUCAAAUUCUAACAAAGAACCGAAUGGCUCUGACGCUACCAGUGGAUUCAUGGCAACGCGUGUGGAAGAGAGCCGGCAAAAUUUUCUGAGAAAGCCCGUUCCCAACAUUGGGAGCCUUAAACAUGUACGUAAAUUUUCAGAUUUUGUGGUUUUACAGAAGAUGGGAGAGGGAGCAUAUGGAAAAGUGGAUCUGUGUAUGCAUAAGGAAGAGAAGUAUAUUGUGGUGAUCAAAUUGAUUUUCAAGGAAAGAAUUCUUGUCGAUACUUGGGUGCGAGACCGUAAACUCGGAACAAUUCCCUCGGAGAUACAGAUCAUGGCAACUCUCAAUACGCAACCGCACGAGAACAUUUUAAUGUUAUUGGACUUUUUUGAGGACGAUGAUUACUACUACAUCGAAACUCCUGUUCAUGGUACUGCUGGCUCCAUUGAUCUGUUCGAUUUGAUUGAGCUGAAGACGGACAUGACAGAACACGAAGCAAAGCUAAUAUUUAAACAAAUUGUCUCGGGCAUUAAACAUUUACACGAUAACGGGAUAGUGCAUCGUGACAUCAAGGACGAAAAUGUUAUUGUGGAUACCAAUGGGUUUGUGAAGAUUGUGGAUUUUGGCUCCGCUGCGUACGUUAAAAGCGGACCGUUUGAUGUAUUUGUGGGCACUAUUGACUAUGCUGCCCCCGAGGUGCUAGGAGGAGACCCGUAUGAAGGAAAACCACAAGACAUUUGGGCAAUCGGUGUUUUACUUUACACUAUCAUUUACAAAGAAAACCCUUUUUACAACAUCGAUGAGAUUUUGGAUGCUGAUCUAAGAAUCAAUCCUAGUCAUAGGGUUAGCAAUGAGUGUGUUGAAUUGAUCAGAAAAAUUUUGAAUAGAUGUGUGGCUAAAAGACCAUCCAUCAAUGAAAUUUACCGUGAUAAGUGGCUUAAUGUAUCAUGCUAG